AUGUCUACCGAAUUCCAUAACUUUGCGAAGAAAUUAAUACAUCGGUCUCCAGAACAGUUGUUCUUUGUUUACCGUGAAGGUUUGAAGACAGCUGAGACUUGCAUCCGGGAUCUGGGAGGCCAGACUCGAGGCUCGAAAGGCUGGGCGAGGAAGCGACUAGCCCAGCAAGAAGCUGUGCCCGUGGCCACUUGGGGCCUUUGGCCAGCGGGCGCAGAGAUUAACCCGGGCGAAGACGGGGUGAUUUCCUGCGGGCUUUUACGUUUUCGAAGCUCGGGACGCGGGAGCCGGACGAAGGGCUUUCGCGUCGUUAGGGAAGGCCGCGGGCAAGCGGGCAGAUCCGGGUUAGCUCCCGGGAGCGAGUCCUCGGGGGGCGGGGAGGGGAGCGCGCGCCGCCAGCCCAGGGAGGGCGCCGGGGAGGCCCGCCGCUCCGUAGACAAUGGUAUCCCCGGAACAAAGCACAACAAUAAGGCCUUUGCAUUUAUAAACCGCGCGCCCGCGGCUGCCUCCGGGAGCCCGGCGGGAGGCGGCGUGCGGCGGCGGAGCGCGGCCGAGGCCCCGCACCACCCCCCCCAGGUAGGGCCGCGCUGCCCGACGCCUCGCGUUCGCACGGCGCGCCCCGGCGCCCACCCGGCGGCGCCGCCGCGCGUCUGGGUGCCCGGCGCGUCUCCUCCCCGUCCCCCGGGCCAGUCCGCCGUGGGUCCGGGAUGCGAGGCCGAAGGCCGCGGGCGAGAUGGAAGGGGUGGGGAGGUGGCAGCGUCCCGGGGGGCAGCGGCCACCCGCUCGGCCGCCCCUCGUCGCCCCUUCCCGGGGUCAGGGCCCCACGGACCCGGCUGGCACCUGGCUCUCGGCCCUGCCCCGGGGCUCUGCGCGCCUUCGCCGCAGGGGCCGAGAAAGGACGACGGCGAGCGGGCUUCGGCGCCGCCGGCGCCGCUCGAGGACGGGAGGCGUGCGUUUUGCUCUCACGCCCUCUCGCCGGGCCUCCGCCCGACUCCCUCCACCGCGCGCGGACCCCUCGAGGCCGCCGCCGAGCCCCGCCCUGGCAGCUGGCGACUCCUCGGUCGGAACCCAGUUCCCGCUUGGCUCCGCCUGGGGUUUGCACCGGCGAAGCAGGAAAUGCGCUGUUCCCGGUGCACUUCCCUGCUCAGAAACUCGUCCGCGGGGGUGUUUCUUAGAUCCGCACCCCCUCCCGCCCCCAGCCUCCUCCGUAGUCCUGGUUGAAGUGUGGGCUCCGUCCCUUUAUUCUCUGGCAUGGAGAACCUCAGACCCCCUGGAUUGGAAGGGGGGCGGCGUUUGGGGUGAAGGCAGCUGCCCCCCCCCCCGUUUUUCAGGCGCACACCGUCCUUCUGGCCCCUCCGUGUCUGCCUUGCGACGUUAACGGGAAUUUCAGCAGUGGCGUGGCUUCUGUGCAUCCGCUUCUGCUGCCCCCCCCCCCCCCACACCUUAGAACAAGCCAGAGCUUCAACCCACCAGUCUUCCCGGCACCAUGCCCGCUGUGAGAGGGGCACUCACCCUCCCACCCGAGGGAGGGCGGUCAUGGCUCCUGCCUCCGAGGAACGCACAAUGCAGGACAUUCGUCUUCCUCCCUGAUUUAUUCACUUCCAGCUGGAUGUUCUGGGCCUGUUCUACUGUAAUCGUUUGUGCCCGGCAUGUGAAGGUGAUACCGACAUCAGUAGGCCAAGUCUAGGAGAGUCUCUCUGUCUUUGGAGAAAGCCAAUCUUCCUGCCCUCUUCAUAUCUACAGCUAGCUCUUUGAAGGUGUUUGUUGAGGGGAUGAGACCACAGCUAUCACCUGGAGCCAGGAGCUGGGAAGAAGGAAUCUCUACCAAGCCACCUGCAGGUUGACUAAGAAAGACCCCUACGCCCACAGCAAACAACAGCGAGAUCUGAGGCCAGGAACCCCUCCCCACCCCCUCUCUCUACGCCCACGGCACUGUUUCUGGGGAGAAAAUGACCCCGUAGUCGAAAGGCUGAUCGCAUUGACGCGUUCUCGAAAGCACAGCUUCUCAACCGUCUGUGGAGAAGGAUCGGGUUUUUUCUUUAUUGCCAACCUGUCGCACGUGGAUACUUUCAGAAGACGGUAAAAAUGAAUCGCGAGAAACGUGAAAUGGCAGUCAUGCAAAAUACAAGCCCCCGUUUUUGGUUAAACGGUUCAUCUGAUGUCCACCGAACUCUUGCAUUGCUACCCGAGUUCCGACCUGCUCCCUUGCGAGAUCUCUGUCUCUGCCCCGCAGGCUGGGCCGGACGGCGCCCUGUCCCACCCCACGGCACAGAGACCUCUGAGAGCCUCUCUCAGAAAACCCGGAACCUUAAAACAGCAGCCUUUUUCUCAUUUGGCACUUUUAGGUUCCUGGUCCUUCUUUAUUGCUUUCGUUAAUUAAUUAAUUUGAGAAAGAGAGAGCGAGAGAGGGAAAGAGGGAGAGAGAGAAUCCCAAGCAGGCUCCACACUCAGCACAGAGCCCGAACCGGAGCUCGAUCCCACGACCCUGGGAUCACGACCUGAGCCCAAAUCAGGAGUUGGACACUGAAGCGUUGGAGUCACCCAGGCUCCCCUUUCUUUACUCUUUUCAAAGGAGGUAACAAAUUGACUAUAAACGUGAUACUAGAUGAAAACCUCUAUCGCUACUAAGCGCCAAAUCAACCACCCCCCUUGUUGACAUUAUUUACUGUGGCACGAGGAGGCCGCGUGUUGUGGUGGGUAGAGACAGGAAGGCAUUCCGCCUCCCUGCCCGGAUUUAGUGUGGACGUAGAAGGACUAAAAGGCCUGGACGGCAAACUCUAGCAAGGACGAAAGGGAGAAUUAGGUUAACCUAACCUUCUGAUGGCCUGCUUCUAAGUCACAGAUGUGAAUUCUUUCUCCUGCUGCCAAAUUGAAGCCUAUAUGAUUAACCGAUAGAUACUCCUACAUAUCAUCUAUAUAAAUUACAUAUAUGUAUUUAAUUUCUUCUGUUUUACCAAUGAAGAAACUGACGCGACGUUUCUAAUAGCCAAUCUGGGGAAUCAAAGGGUGUAGUCCUUUCCCUAAGGCAUUUGGAGCUGUGACAGCACACAUGCCAUCCUGUAGAUCGCAUGUAAGGAAUGGCCUAGGCUCACCCCACGACUCGUGAGGUGCCUUUGUCUCUCUAAUGAGAUCAGACUUUGGGGGCAAACUCUCCACACCAUCCCCCGCUCAUCUAACUUCUAACUACAACCCGGAGUCCUGGCUGUCACAAGGCCCGUCGGUCCCAUCUUCCUUUUGUUCCCAUCACCAUCAACAAAGAGCUGUGGUCACAAGUUUCUGUGAAUGGGAGAUAUUCACAUAUAAUAACAUUGAUUCAUUGUUUGUACCUCUUAACACAUUGCUGCCAUACUAAGGCCUUCGUUCAGACGGAGGGUUUGCAAUUGUUCGUUGGGGAGAAAUUGCAUUUUCCAGGCAGACACUGAACCGUUCAUCCAAAAUGCUUUCCAUUCUAAGUUGCAUUUAGCAGUAGGCUUAAAGCUGCUUAAAUGGUGGAGUCACAUUCCCUCAGUUUUACAUUUCCUUUUUUUUUUUUAACGUUUAGUUUUGAGAGACCGAGCGCAAGCAGAGGAGGGGCAGAGAGAGAGGGAGACAGAGAGAGAAUCUGAAGCAGGCUC